AUGGAAAGAUUCAGAGAUGCUACAGAUGAGGAGGCAGCCUUGGUGUCCAGCUGGGCAUACUCCGCCUGGCGGGCCAUGGUCUCCGAAGGCCGCAAAGAGGAGACGGCGAAAUCCUACGCUCGUACCUUUGUCCGGCUUUUCGAGGAGGAGCGGAAGGCUCCCAGUGAGAUGGCCACGCAGGAGUUCUUCGAACUCACGAAGGCAUCGCCCAAGAACAAAAGUGGGAACGGCCAGCGAGCUGCUUCCGUUGCCGCUUUCCGUAAGUUUUACGACAGCAUCCAGGGAGAUGUCUCCAAGCUGGAGCGGCCGGACGAGACCCUCAAGUUCUGUCAGGUCAGUUUGCCUGGAAUGAUCAAAGCCCGAGCGCCCAAGAGGAAGGAGCCAGAGUCAGAGGCCGCGCAGGCGAAGGAGAGCAACGGCCCCGUCGCAGAGGCCGAGAACGGCAGGACUGUCAAGAAACGCAAGCGCGAGCCUCGCCACGAGGAUGUUGAGGGCACG